CAGCACGUUGACGCGGGGGUUUUCUCUGGUCGGCCCCGCAAACCCUUCCCGGGUCUGUGAAACUGCGCCUUCGGCCUCGCUGUACCUGGGCGAGGAGCGCAGUAUUCCGCUCGCUGGUCGGCGCGGUUAUUGGCCUAGGUUCUCGGACUGACCGCCCUCACCUCCCUCCCGGCCUCUCCUCCGGGCUCAUCCUCGUCAGGGGCGCCUCGCAGCGACGGCGGCCCCCCAGACUCGGCCCAGGACAACUAGCGGCCCAUCUCCGCUCCGGGCUCGGAUGGGAGGUGGCGGGAGGAGCGGCCUGGGAUGUUCAGUCUGAUGGCCAACUGCUGCAGCUGGUUCAAGCGGUGGCGGGAGCCCGUCAGAAAGGUGACUCUUGUGAUGGUGGGACUUGAUAAUGCUGGUAAAACGGCAACAGCAAAGGGAAUCCAAGGAGAGUAUCCUGAAGAUGUAGCACCUACCGUUGGAUUUUCCAAAAUUGACCUUAGACAAGGAAAGUUUGAAGUCACCAUCUUUGACUUGGGAGGUGGAAAAAGAAUUCGGGGAAUCUGGAAGAAUUACUAUGCUGAAUCUUACGGAGUAAUAUUUGUUGUGGAUUCGAGUGAUGAAGAGAGAAUGGAAGAGACAAAAGAGACAAUGUCAGAAGUGAUAAGACAUCCUAGGAUAUCGGGAAAGCCUAUAUUGGUGUUGGCAAAUAAACAAGAUAAGGAAGGGGCUUUAGGAGAAGCUGAUGUGAUUGAAUGCCUGUCUCUGGAAAAACUGGUCAAUGAGCACAAGUGCUUAUGUCAAAUAGAACCUUGUUCAGCAGUCUUGGGAUAUGGAAAGAAAAUUGACAAGUCCAUUAAAAAAGGCCUUUAUUGGCUGCUACAUAUCAUUGCAAGAGACUUUGAUGCCUUAAAUGAGCGCAUCCAAAAAGACACAGCAGAACAACGUGCUCUUGAGGAACAAGAGAACCGAGAGCGGGCUGAGAGAGUACGAAAAUUACGAGAAGAAAGAGAACAAAGAGAGCGAGAGCAGGCUGAACUCGAUGGAACCAGUGGUCUGGCUGAGUUGGACCCAGAACCAAUUAUUGUUAAUCCUUUCCAGCCGAUAGCAUCUGUAAUCAUUGAGAAUGAAAAAAAACUUGAAAGAGAGAAAAAGAGGCAAAAUGUGGAGGAAGACAGUGAUGGCUGUCCCCUGAAACAUAAAAUGGAGCAUGAGCAAAUAGAGACACAGAGCCAGAUCAGUGACAGUAGCCAAAAAAACAAUGGGUUCGGAAUAGUAGAAAAUUAUAAGGAGGCAUUAACACAGCAGUUGGAAAAUGAAGAUGAGACAGACCAGCAGUCAUCAGAAUCAGAUAACAGUAAAAAGAAAACUAAGAAGCUAAGAAUGAAAAGGAGCCACCGUGUAGAACCUGUUAAUACAGAUGACUCUGUUCCUAAGAGUCCAACACCACCCCCACCUCCUCCUCCUGUUGGCUGGGGAACCCCCAAAGUCACUAGACUUCCAAAACUUGAGCCUCUUGGUGAAACACGUCAUAAUGACUUCUACGGGAAGCCACUGCCUCCCCUGGCUGUGCGACAGAGACCUAACAGUGAUUCUCACGACGUCAUAUCAUAACAGCUCAUGGGGACGCACUCUGUUAAGGUCGGCAAGAUGAGCUGGAGGACCUUCUUUGUCAAAGGAGAAAAACCCUGAACAUCGAUGACUGGGGCAAGACAACCAUAGCAGUAUCAGUGAGCCAAAGACCUGACUGUUUUGAUAAUUACUUACCCAUGGUCUUCAUGGUUCAAAGAAAAAAAAGAAGCAAAAUGACCAGCAAAUGGGACAAGCAUUUGGACCAAGUUAGCAAAAACUAGUGUUGACUCUGAUUUAUACAUCCCAACUCAUGGGCAUAUUCCUGAAGGAAAAGCUGUUCAGAAAAAGAACCAAUGGACUCUAUAUACUUUCUUUACUAUUUGUUUAAUAGUCUCUAUUUCUAUAUCUUAAACAUUUGUAAGAUAUAUGUGCAUGGAAAGGGAAUUCUUAGGAAUUUAUAACCUAAAUUUUUAACUUUUUAUAUUUUUCUAAAACUUUGGUUUAAGAAUUUUAAUUACUAAGAUAUUGACUGUGCACUUUUCUAUAGAUGCUUUGUUUAAAUUGUGUCUGGAAAAUGGAGUUGAUUUACAUGACAGACAACUAUACAAACAGGAUAUAUUUAUAUGGUUUGAGGUAUGUUUUAUAAUAGUACUGUUCUUGAAAUAUACAUCCUAAUUUUACCUUAAGAUAUCUUUUUAAAAUCGAUUCUCAGAUUUUUAUUUUACCAAAUUAUGUUAUUUGAAAGCACUAAUUAAUUAGUUGAAUUUUUGUUGUUUGUUUUCUUUGGUGAUGUUCCCAAUAAAUGAGAGACACUUGCAAUAC